AUGAGAAGUAACGCGCUACCGUUCGCUAACUCGCUUUCUUUCCCGCCAGCUCGGCAGACACUGAGCUCGGCUGACUGGGCAGCUUCAUCGUGGCGGGCGCUCGCGUUCCAGCCAGUGCGCAUGGUUGCCCCGAACGGCAACACAGACCGGCCUCGCAACGUUUUAGGGGGGCCGCUCGCGCCCUGCUGCUUCCAGCCUCGGACAGGGUUCUAUCGCGACGGUUACUGUGCAACAGGUCCAGAGGACAUCGGGUCCCACACGGUGUGCGCUCGCGUUACGGCGGAGUUUCUGGCUUUCACUGCGUCGCGCGGGAACGACUUGUCGACGCCUGCCCUGCAAUUUGGCUUUCCCGGACUUCGACCAGGGGACAAGUGGUGUCUAUGCGCAUCGCGAUGGAAGGAAGCGUAUGACGCAGGGGUCGCACCGCCGGUCAUCCUCGAGGCUUGUCACGAGAACGCGUUGCGUGUGGUGUCGCUUGCGCUCCUCCGCGAGCACGCAAUGGACCAGAGGCACCAGUAG